UUCGCCGUGACGCACAUGACCAAGGCCCACCUGUCCUGGGACGGGACGGUCAAGUGGGUGCCGCCGGCCAUCUACAAGAGCUCCUGCAGCAUCGACGUCACCUUCUUCCCCUUCGACCAGCAGAACUGCAAGAUGAAGUUCGGCUCCUGGACCUACGACAAGGCCAAGAUCGACCUGGAGAACAUGGACCACCAGGUGGACCUCAAGGACUACUGGGAGAGCGGCGAGUGGGCCAUCAUCAACGCCGUCGGCACCUACAACUCCAAGAAGUACGACUGCUGCACGGAGAUCUACCCCGACAUCACCUUCUACUUCGUCAUCCGGCGCCUGCCGCUCUUCUACACCAUCAACCUCAUCAUCCCGUGCCUCCUCAUCUCCUGCCUCACCGUCCUGGUCUUCUACCUGCCCUCGGACUGCGGCGAGAAGAUCACGCUCUGCAUCUCCGUGCUGCUGUCCCUCACCGUCUUCCUGCUGCUCAUCACCGAGAUCAUCCCGUCCACCUCGCUGGUCAUCCCGCUGAUCGGCGAGUACCUGCUCUUCACCAUGAUCUUCGUCACGCUCUCCAUCAUCAUCACCGUCUUCGUGCUCAACGUGCACCACCGCUCGCCCAGCACCCACGCCAUGCCGCGCUGGGUCCGGAGCUUCUUCCUGGGUUUCGUCCCGCGCUGGCUCUCCAUGAAGAGGCCGCCGGCGCUGCCGGCGCUGCCGGAGGGCGCGGGGGGGACACACGACCACGCCGGCGCGCGGCUCAGCGCGUCCCGCUGCUGGCUGGAGACCGACGUGGACGACAAGUGGGAGGAGGAGGAGGAGGAGCGGGAGGAAGAGGAGAAGGCCUAUCCCAGCCGUCCCGGGGAGUCCCGGGAAACCCAGUUCCGCUACGGCCAAGGCGGGAAAGCGUCCGGGGGUUCGGGAUCCCGCGGAUCAUCCAAGGGGAAGAAGGAGGAGGAGGAGGAGAAGGAGGAGGAGGAGGAGGAGGAAGGCUCGGAGCAGGGCUUGGCGCUGUCUCCCAGGAUUCUGAAGGCCCUGGAAGGGGUGCAGUACAUCGCGGACCACCUGCGGGCCGAGGACGCCGACUUCUCCGUGAAGGAAGACUGGAAGUACGUGGCCAUGGUGAUCGACCGGAUCUUCCUCUGGAUCUUCAUCAUCGUCUGCCUCCUGGGCACCGUGGGGCUCUUCCUGCCGCCCUACCUGGCCGGGAUGAUCUAG